UUUUAUGCAAUUAAAAAAAACGAUAGCUGAUCUGAAGAUAUGUUUAUGAAAUCGAUCAAAGGUAAAAGUCACGUGUUAAGAAAUCGACUUACAAAUUGAUUACGCCAAAAUGCGCGUUAAUAUUUUAUUUAAAGAUCAACGGUAUAAACUGGAUGUAAAACCACACGACACAACAGAUACUGUGAUUCCGCGUAUAAAAAGGUUGAUAAACUUUGAACCGUUUUUAUCUUCUCCUUAUGUUUUAACAGAAACUCUAUUACAGCUAUAUUAUGCUGAUGUGUUACUGCAUCCGGGACUAUUGAUAAGCGACGCAGGAAUUGUUUCUGGCUCCACCAUAAAGUGUAAAUGUUUUGAAAAAACAUUGGGGAACUUAAAAGUAAAUGUGAGGUUUUUAUCAACUUCAGUUGAAAUCAAGGAUUACUCCAGAGUUCUAAAGAUUGGUGAUAUUCGAACUACUUUGCAGAACAGAUUGGGAAUACCAGUCAGCGUUUUUCGGCUCUUCAAAGGUGACGUAGAGUUAUACGAUAUGCAUAUUGUGAAGUACUAUGGAAUCGAAAAAGGUGAAAUCAUUAACUUACAAUUACUGGAAGGAACGUCCAACCUCAUAACAGCAGCCUUAAAAGGAGACAUCGUCAAAACAUUGGAUUACAUUCCUAACUAUCACGAAAGUCCUCAUUAUAAUCGUUAUUUAUCACGUGUGGCGCUCUUUAUUGCCGCCCAUAAAGACUUGGCUAAAUUGGCGUACCACACAAUGCUACAAGGUGUAAGGUGUGAGGACGCUGUUGGCGUGCAUCCAUCAAGACAAUGGUGCACGCAACAAUCAAACCCAGAAGCGCUUAAAAGUCCAGUGCAUCAAGCUGCGCAGGAAGGUAGCUUCCAUUGUCUGAAAUUAUUUACGCACCAAAGUCCUACAUGCAUAAUAAAACGGGACGGAUAUGGUAACACACCUGUUAACUAUGCAGCGAAGUAUCGCCGAAUUAAAUGCUGGAAACUUUUACUCGUCACUCAAUUUAAAGAGAACACAAAGAAUGAUAUAACUCAAUAUACACAAGCAAGACUUCUAAAAUGGUACCGCUUAGCAAAAGAUCGAGUGGCUUUAAACAGUGAAAGCAAUAAAGGUACCAUGGCAACGUCCAUUAAUUCAAUGACAGUAAACAAGGCUUACAUUGGGAAUCCAUUAUCUGUAGAUGGUUAUAAUUCUUUCCAAUUUUUAUCUGAAAAGUUAUUACCAAUGAGACAGUCGCUUGAACGAAAGGAAAAUAUUCGUGAAUUUUCGAAGACAUUGCAUUCGAAUGGCUUACAAUGUCAAAGCGAAGCUCAAGAUACUGUUGUGCAAUUGAAAAAUUCACAUUCAAAACUGUUUGGUAAAACAGCUCACAAGAAUGUUGAUAAGAAAUCUACCUUGACGUUUGAAAGGAUACCACAAAGAAAUAAAUUGCUUAGAAAACGCGCUGGCAGGUACGCUUAUGAUACUACAGAUAAAUCAAGAAAACGAUCAGACGCACAAGCGCCUCGAAUAAAACUUGAUGAUUUGUCAAUUCAAGCCACUGGAAUGAAUGGUCACCAACUAGCUGAAAAAUGUCUCACAUUUGGGCAAUCGUUUGAGAGGAAAAUUUGGAUGGCACAGCUGAAUAUUGCUUUAAGAAGCAGCAAAAACGCCCUGCAGGCACACAGACGUUAUGUCAACUCGGUUUAGUUUUUAAUGUUUAAAAGCUACAAAAUUAUAAAAAUCUAAUACAAUUGCAAUCGUCGAAAUAAAUUUUGAGACAAAUCAGAAAUUCACAUAAAAUAAGAGUUUGUAACUCCGUCCUCCACAACUAAAAGUUGUGAACUUAGAACCUCUGUCAAAUGCAAGUCUGGAUUAUCCACAACAUUGAGAAUGGGAAGGGCUUUUUUUUCAAGAAAUUUGCAUCUAACAAUGUCUUUAUCAACGAUUGUGUAACACGAAUUUUGCCUGAUAAUGAGAGUCAUAUUAUUUAAUUAAUAAAUGGUUUAUUUUUUUAAAAAAAAGAUUGCCAGAAAAGAAGGCAACUUUCUUUCGUCAUUUAUUGCGCCUUUCGUUCAUAGAAAGUAAAACGAAUUUCCAUCUUUUUGUCCAUUGACGCAAAAUAUACCUCCUCAAUGAUCGUCAUAAAUUGUUAAACUUAAAAAAAAUUAUAUCUUUUAACAACCAGGUGAGAGAAUAACUAAACCAGUUACCUGAACCCUUUCAACCAACAUAUUUACCAAAAAUUUAUGCUGCUACAUAUGCCAAUUAAAUUUUGUUUAGGAUUACAAACGAUAGGAAAGACUUGGAACAGUCUUCUGUGACACCUUUUUAAUACUGAAGUGACCAGUAGAUCGCUAGGGAACUAUAAAAAUGACUUAAACUGAUUAUACACUUGUACUGCCAAGUACGAAUUUCAUCACUUUAAAGUCAUCACUUUUCAUGCAGAACUAUAUACGUCUCAUUUUGUGAAGAAGCCACCAGGAAGAGAAAAACCACGUAUUUAUUUGCAACUUUUUUUUGGAAAGUUAUCUUAAUUUUUAUGUGUUUUUUUUGUUUGUUUAUUUGUUUCUUUGUAAGUUUUUGUUUGUUAUUCAAUUACUUGUUUAAUGACAAGUAACAAAGCUAUAGUAAGAUGAGUCACAUAAAAUUCAAUAUAUUUGGAUUUUUCUUACUAACAGGUAUUUUCUAACGGCCAGAUAAAAAAGUAUUGCAUAAAGAAACCUUGACUUAAACAUGA